ACAGAUCUUCUCGUACCGCACUCUACCUCGUACCGUACAUCCUCUCACCUCGUCUUUCUCAUUACGAUACGGCCUUGUCAAACCUCUUCGACAAUGGCAUCUCCUCCUCCUACCACCGUCUCCUCUUCCUCCAGCGCAGCUCUCCCACCCUCCUCCUUCCUCCCGCCUCUCAGACGACAACCUAGCAGUUCCUCCCUCCUCCUCGCCCUCCACACUCUGCAGAAGUACGAUCGUGCACUGCUCCUGCUGGACACGUACGAGCGAGAUCUUGCUGUAGGGUGGCUGAAUAGAUUGGUUGUGAGCGAUUUGAGCUGGUUGGAGAACGGAGCCGGGAGCGAGAGGGAGGGAGAAGGAACUAGCAGCGGCAGCAGCAGCAGCAGCAGCAGCAGCAGCCUCAGUGCCCAGCCAAGUGGCUCGAUUACCCCAACCUUUGCGACUUUCGAGGAGCUACAGCGCUUCCUUGUCGACGAGUCUGCCCAGCUUCUCGAGGAUAUUACACGCUCUGAGGCGAUGGACCAAGGAAGAGGGGAUGGUGAGAGCUCUGGCGGACGUGGGUUGGAGGAUGUAGAGCCUAUGGAGAGGGUCUUCUGCUUUCCCUUUGAUUUUGCAAGGCCGAAUGCCGUGCUUAAGGUCAAGCCUGCCGUUCCAAAUGGGACAAGCUCAAGCACUGGGGACAGAGACAAGGAGAGAGUCGAUGGGACAGUUGCGCUAGGAGAGCGCCGCUUCGUGGUGACUCUCAUCGAUGCACCACUACCGCCCUCGCAGGCAGAGGGCUCUGAAGGAGCUCCCUCUGACCAGGAUGGUCCGGCAGACAGUAACGCGCCCGUCCCCGCCUCGCUGGAAGCCUCGUCUGCCGUGGGCGUACAGACAUGGGCAGCCUCCAUCGUCCUGUCUGACCUCCUCGUCACACGACCAGGGGAGAUUCACUCUCUGCUACGCGAAUCAGAGCGGUCGAGGCCGUUGCGGGUGGCCGAGCUGGGUGCUGGUACCGGACUGGUAGGGAUAGUCUGCGCUCAGCUCCUUUCGUCCCUCUGUCCCCCCUCCGCUUCUAUCUCGGACGGAGCUGGGGAGGAGAAGAACACCGUCAUCCUCACGGACUAUCAUCCUCGCGUGCUGGAGAAUUUGCGUAGAAAUGUCGAUGCCAACAGAACCGGUCUCUCGUCGCGAGUAGAGCUAGGAGUCAAUGCGCUCGACUGGUCCGUCUACUACCAACCAAGUGACGGAGACUCCGCCACACCCGGCCUCCUCUCCUCGCCUGCCCUACUAGCCGCUGGUCAACAUCCACAUUACGACCUCCUCCUAGCAGCCGACGUAGUAUACGCGCGCGAACAUGCCUCCUGGCUAUAUGCGACCAUGUCCUCCCUCCUAGCCCGGACAAAGAGCGCAAGAGCUCAUGUUCUCAACGCGCGACGCUCCGAGGGGAGGUUUGGCGAGUGGGGAUUGGUACAGGGGACGGAUAGGGUUUUUGGAGAGGUCGCUGAAGAGCUGGAGGAAGAAGGAGGAGGAGGAGGAGAGGAUGGAAGUGUGGGAAGGGAUGCAAGAUUGAGAGUGAUCCGCAGGGUAGAGUUGCCGAAGGUCAAGGGACUGGGAAGGUCUGAUGAGAGGGGCCAUAUCUGGUGGACGCUGGGGUGGCGAUGACGCUCCUUCCUUGCGACAAGUAUCUUGCAAUGUACAAUAGCUUCAUUGAUUAGUCCGCACAC